GUGCAUUGACUCGAUACGGGAUUCCUACCGCGAAAGGAACAAAGGAAACUAUGAAGCUGUGGAUACUUUCAGUAGUGUUAACAAUCAUUCAAAAUGGACUAUGUCAAUCAACCAACAACGCAAUCAAUUCUCAUGUGAUUCAAAUUGGUAUAACGCAAUCGGAUGGAACAGUGAACUUUUUCUGCGGCGGUUCCUAUAUCGGAGAAAAAUCAGUGGUUUUUGGUGCACAUUGUACAAACAAGCAUGGGCGCCUACCAGAUGUGGUUCAGUUCGGAAAGACACUUCAGCGCACUUUCAACGUUCCCAUCGAAAACGUUACCGUCCAUUAUCGGUACAAGCCGCAAUUCGAUUACCACAAUAUGGCCGUUGCUCAACUGAAACAGAACCCACAACUCGUAUCUCGAGAAGCCAUCAAGCCGGCUUGUAUCUUAAAGUGGCACCCCAAGUCCAACACCGAAGUACAACUGAUUGGAACCAUUAACGAACAGUUCGAGCAAACAAACCUACUGGCAGUCGGUUCCGACAAAUGCCACGAGUACUACAAUCCUAAUCGAAAGCUGCGGUUUGGGGUACUGCUGUGCUGUUUUUGUGCCAAAAAUUCCUACACAGAUCGUUGCACGGAUCAGCAUAGUUCACCGCUACAGAUAAUUCAAAGGCGCUCCGGGAAGAAUAUCCCCUAUCUCGUUGGACACAAAUCGGUGGGAAAAUCCUGCGGUACAGGAGUUCCGGCAAUUUACACGCGCUACGGAUCGUACUAUGAGUGGCUGGAGACAGUAACCGGAAUUAAAUACAACAAAAAUGCGUGCACAUCACGGUACUAACGUUUCGCUAAAAUAUUUAUAAAACAAUACACUACGUAAGUCACUGACAAGCAGACAGAGGCGAGUAAGAUCUGAUGGGAUCUCGCAAUUAAACUGUGUGUUUUACGUGAAUCCCACGAAUGCAGUGCCAACAAAGAGAUGCUAAGUUUGUCAGCCUCAGCUCUAGCUAAUCUGUCGAAAUCUGAUCCUGAACGCGAGAAUCGGUGCAACCGAUUAAAUAUUUGUUUUGGUUCAGGUUCAAGCAAACGAAAGAGUGUUGUCAGCGCGUGUUAGAUUUCGUUUCUUUUUAAUUGCCACUUUUCAUCCGUAAUACAAAACAUCUUAUGUGCAGUUGCUUCUAGCGUUAAACGAUUGUGACAUGAAAAAAUCAACGGUUGCCAUAUAGUUCGUGAGACUAUACUUGCCAGCAAAACAUACAGAAAUACUUAAGAUAUGCACCCAGGAAACUUAAUUGAUAAACCUAACUGUAAAGUUCGUUACGAUAAUCAAAUUACUAAUCUCUCUGCGGUCAUUGACAUACUUAGUCCUAUGAAAUACCUAUUUAA